ACCAUUGGGCGCCUCCGAAGUCUGAUACAUUGGCGCCAUGAAGAUCAUGUUUGCAUGGCCAUUGGGCAACUCCGAAGGCAAAUAACUUGGCGCCGUGGUGAUCAUGUUGGCGUGGCCAUUGGGCACCUCCGAAGGCAGAUAACUUGGCGCCGUGGUGAUCAUGUUGGAGUGGCCCUUGGGCACCUCCGAAGGCAGAUAACUUGGCGCCGUGGUGAUCAUGUUGGAGUGGCCCUUGGGCACCUCCGAAGGCAGAUAACUUGGCGCCGUGGUGAUCAUGUUGGAGUGGCCAUUGGGCACCUCCGAUGGCAGAUAACUUGGCGCCGUCGUGAUCAUGUUGGCGUGGCCAUUGGGCGCCUGCAAAGGCAAAUAACUUGGCCUAAUGAUGUUCGUGCAGGCGUGCCCAUUGUGCGCCUCCAAAGGUCGAUAACUUGGCGCAGGGGUGUUCAUGUAGGCGUGGCCAUUGGACAUCUCUGAAAGUGGAUAACUUUGCAUAUUACUUGGUAUGGCGCCGGCAACAUGGCUCGUCCAAGGAGCCACAUUGUUAUUUUUGUUGUUGUUAUUGUUAAACCUCGACUCGGGAGCACCAUCGCUUUCGCUCCUCGAUAUUCUGUCCCCUGUCAGUUCAAGAUACCGCUCCAUUGUAAUCAUGGGUUGUUCUAAGCUGGGGACAAACAUCGAGUUUGCCGUUGCUCUGAAGUCGCUAUUGUCUGUUUGUUGAGCCAACGGCAAAGGCAAAUACAAAUGCAAUGGUGGUCGUGUCCUCGCAAUAGAACUAACAAUGGUCUCAUUAUUGGCUGUCGCCAUAACCAA